CAGGAUCAGACUGGGGCUGGCCAGUCAUUUCUAGUAUUUGCUUGAGAUGGCAGCGACUGACACCCUGAAGGUUGGCCGGGUCGUUCAGUAGACAGUCGCAAUUCUGACUAUUCUGGCAAUUCUGGCAGAACAGCAGCCAAUAGCUUUUGGUUGAACAGAAGAACAGCCUCUCUUCUUUGUCUGCCCUGAAGUGGCCCGUGGCUCGGUGCCCCAUCUGUGUGUUCUGGCUUUUCUUGUCGCGACUCUUCAGCACACAAGAAUCCUUCUCUACGACUCUGGUAACUGCAGAGAGGUCCACUUCUCCACUUCUGAAAGAUCUCGCCCCUCUUACUUCUCCACCCACUGACUGCGGUUUACUUUUUGUCCUAAAUGAAGCUGUGGAUUAUUCUGGGGCUGAUUUCUUUUGGAUUAAAAAAGGCCAGUUUUUUCUAUUGAUUGCUUACUUGAAUACAAAAUUGGUCAAGAAACUGUUCUCAACAACCUUACUUGGCUGAUAUCCAGCUUCGGUUGCAUUUCUGACGGAAGGUAUCGGAUUGUAUCUACCUGACCCAUCUAAGUAAGGCAACACCAAACCAGGAGAGUAAUACGCACACAUGUCCUUGUGACAAGUCUAGAUCUUUCUUUACAGGCAGAGGAAGAAACAACAUCUUAAGAGCAAAGUCUGAACUAGCAGGCUCUUUUUCUUUUCUUGAAGUUGAGAAAGUGCAGAAAAUUGAGCAAGCUGAGUGAAGGCUACUGGACCCACUGGAGAAAGGAUCUAAUCAGGGCAUUAGUAGCCCUUAGUAGUUCCUAGCCGGACCAGCAGCAGGAGGAAAGGUGUCGUCCCGAUUGUGGCCCGGGGAGGCGUGGUACAGAGAGGGCGGCGGGAUGGUGAACACAGGGAUGCAGCUGAUAAGCUUCACCUGUGCCGUGACAGGUUGGGUGAUGGCUAUCGCAGUGACGGCACUGCCCCAGUGGAAGGUCACAGCCUUCAUAGGCCCCAACAUCCUGACGUCGGAAAUCGUAUGGCAGGGAAUCUGGAUGAAUUGCAUCUACCAGACCACGGGUCACAUGCAGUGCAAGACUUACGACUCCUUGCUGGCCCUGCCGCCAGACAUCCAGGCGGCGCGGGCGCUCAUGUGCGUGGCCAUUUUCCUGGGCUGGCUGUCCUGCACAGUGUCCUGUUGUGGCAUGAAGUGUACAACCUGCGCCGGGGACGAUCGCCAUGCCAAGGCUGGCAUAGCGUUGUCCGGCGGGGUGCUCUUCAUCCUCACAGGCCUCUGCGUGCUCAUCCCGGUGUCAUGGACGGCUAACACGGUGGUGCAGGACUUUUAUAACCCAAAUGUCCCCAUCCAGAACAAGCGUGAGCUGGGCCAGGCUAUCUACCUAGGCUGGGCGGCCGCAGUCAUCCUCAUGAUCAGCGGUGUGGUGCUCAGUAGCACCUGUCCACACAUGGAAAAAGCAGCCUACAGACGAGGCUAUAUAGGCCGCAGCUUCGCCAACACCAGGCCUGCCGACAUGGAACCUCCCAAACCCAUUACCACCAACAGUCUGCCUCUAAAGGAGUAUGUCUAAGGAACUUUAGGACCUGAAGAUGCCUCCAUGACACAUCAAGUACAAGAGCGCAUCAUGAGAAAAGCUCUUCAUGGACAAGAGCUGAUCUGGUUACAGCAGUGGUUCCUAGCCCUGCACCUGGGGUACCCCCUGCCCUGCACAUUUUGGUGUUUUCCCUGCUCAAGCACAUCCACUUCAACCCGGAAAGGGUUUGUUACAGAGCUGAGCCGUUGUUGUAUCAGCUGUGCUGGAGUAAGGAAAACACCAAAAUAUGCAGGGCAGGAAAACUCCAGAUCCAGGAACGUUGACCACUACCGUUACACUACCGUUUGACAGUGUGGAAUCGAUUAUAAUAUAUAUUUUUCUGUUUAUUUAUAUACUGUAUACUUUUGUCUAUUUUAUUAUACACUGACAUGCCAAAAGUCAUGGAAUGGCAAUAUGCAAAUUGAAUAUUAAUCAAUACCUCAAGAGACAGCUUAGGAACGCCAACAUCUGUAUAAGCUGUGAGGUGUUAUCUUGUGCCUGAUCGUGGGUGAUAGCGGGUGCUAGGUGAAUGGGACAUUCCAUUUUCCAGUUGUGCAGGUAAUUAACAUCCUUUGAUUCACAGUUUCAUCUGUAUCUGUAAAAUAAUUUGUCAUUGAAAGCAUUACCUCCCACUCUGGACAGCCCAGUGGGUGGUAAUGAUCGUGACCACUUGUGACUGGCUAGAAUUGUCCAUGCAAACAGACAAGAGGCUGGCACAAAUCACAUCCACAUUCAAAGAAGGAGGCAUAUUGCGUGUGGGUGCAGUGUUUUUCAGCUUCCAUGGUGCAUGGCAAAAGUCAUGGGACACAAUAAUUGCUCCUAUCCCAUGUCAUUUGGCACAUCAGUGUAUUUUUUCAAACAAUGUGCCUAGAGCUUUCAUCACCAGUUUAAAAAAAAAAACAAGGGCUUUUAAACAAUAUUUUUAUGACAAUGUAUUCUUGAUAGUAAACAGCUUUCUUAAUCAUUUUACAGUUUUUUAAACUUUCUGAAACAUUUUCACACCUUUUGAGCAGUAGUAUAUGUAAAAUAUAAAUGAUUAGAUUUUGAAAUUAAAAAGACAAUGAGAGUGAGUGACUUGUAUGUACAAUGAAACUGCAGUGAGCUAUUUAAUUUCUAUCCUUUCAUUAUCUAUUAUUUUUAGUUUCUGUAAAUAUAAUUGAGGGUAUUCAUUUAAAACUGCACUAUCCAUAUUUAGAUAUUAUGUUGAUAUCACUGUAUCACUUUAACUGGACACAGAUGACCAUCCAGUACGGCUGUGAAUAGUGCCUACAUUAAUCAGCCAUAACAUUAAAACCACUAAAAUGAAGUGAACAAUGGGGACAAUGGGGUGGGAUAUACAUCUAAAGCAGCAGAUGAACUUUCAGCUCUUGAAAAUUGAUAAACUUUGAAACUGUCCAACUAUGAUGACUUGGUGGUUGAAGAAGUGAAGUGGACACUAACCAAACAUAGCUCAGGCAGGGACAAGUGAACCAGAGACAGGAAAAUGGACAACUGAUAAAGUUUGGUGAUAAAGUUAAUGGAAACCCCACCUUACAAGUUCCAGGAGUUAAAGAAUCUGCUGCUAAUGUCUUUCCACAACGUAACAGGACACUGUCAGAGGUCUUGUCGAGUCCAUAUUUCGAUGGCUUAAAGUUUCCCAAUAACAGAGAUGUGAUUUUAUUGUUAUGGCUGAUCAGUGUACACUAUAAUAUAUACUCAGUUUCCUCAUGGUUCCUGAUUUGUAAUUGUGUAAUUUUGCUUGCUGUGAGUGAUGUGGUUUUAUAUUUAUUUAUGGAAAAUAUGACAGGUUUAGAAAAGUGUGAUAAUAAACAGACAUGAUGUGAAUGAAA